UCUAAGAUGGAUCUACGAACCUCUAUUGAAGAGUGUUCCAUGGCCCUUAACCUGGUCCUUAACAACAGGUUCUCAGAGGCUUUGGAUCUUCUUAGGCCAUGGUCUAAGGACAGUAUGUACCAUGCACUGGGUUACAGCAGCAUCCUGGUGAUGCAGGCAGCCAUGACCUUUGAGCACAAAGACAUUCAGGCUGCCAUGGCAACCAUUAAAGAAGCCCUACAGACCUGCCAGAAAUUCCGAAAGAGGAGCUCAGUGGUGGAGUCCAUAUCUAGCCUGGUGUCCAAACAGUCCUCAGACAACUUAAAGGAGGAGGAAAUGCACGCAGAGAUCUGCUAUGCUGAGUGCCUGCUGCAGAAAGCCACACUAACAUUUGUACAGGAUGAAAACAUGAUAAGUUUCAUCAAAGGUGGCAUCAAAAUACGCACAAGUUAUCAAAUAUACAAGGAGUGCCAGCAUGUGCUGAACAUGUGUCAGGAGCUGGGUGUGGACAGUGAGGCCUUUAGACAGUUUGAGGGCGGAGUCAGGCUGGGCAUUGGCUCCUUCAACCUGAUGCUGUCUCUUCUACCAGCCAGGGUUCUCAGACUGCUGGAAUUUAUUGGUUUCUCAGGGAACAGAGAGUUUGGCCUGUCUCAGUUAAGAGAAGGAGCUGCCAGUCAGAGUCUGAGAGCCAUACUCUGUGCCCUAACUCUCCUCCUCUACCACACAUACGUCUGCCUUAUACUGGGUACUGGUGAGGGUAAUUUAGUGGAAGCAGAGGCGCUGUUGGAGCCUUACCUAGAAAAAUAUCCCAAGGGCUCCAUCAUUCUGUUCUAUACAGCAAGAAUUGCACUGCUGAGAGGACACUUUGAAAAGGCACAGGGGAAGUUCCUGGAAUGUAUCAAUGCACAACAGCAGUGGAGGCAGAUCCAUCACAUAUGUUACUGGGAGCUGAUGUGGUGUCAUAGUUUCCAGCAGCAGUGGAUGGAGGCAUAUCGCUAUGCCGACCUGCUCUGUAAGGAGAGCCGCUGGUCAAAGGCAAUCUAUGUGUACCAGAAGGCUGCAAUUCUGAGUAUGAUGACAGAGGAGGAGGUGAAGAAGACAGGAGAGAAUAUUGUGGAGUUAUUCAGGAAAGUUGAGGGCUUAAAGCAGCGUUUGGCUGGGAAAUCCAUCCCUACAGAAAAGUUUGCAGUGAGGAAAUCACGGCGUUAUUCUGCUGCCACUCCUGUUAAACUGGUGAUCCCAGCACUGGAAAUGAUGUAUGUAUGGAAUGGCUUCACUAUUGUUGGUAAGCGGGCAGAUGCUACAGAGGGACUUCUCAUUACCAUUGAAAAAGCAGAGGAACAACUUCGCAGCAACCCCAACCCGUCUGAGUACCAUCCAGAUGACCAGUGUCUAGUGCAGAUGCUGAAAGGGCUUUGCCUCAAGCAUCUGGGCCGACUGCUGCAGGCAGAGUUGUGUUUUACACAGGUCCUGGCCAGUGAGAAGCGUAUUCGGUAUGAUCAUUACUUGAUUCCCUUCACUCUUUAUGAACUGGGUUUGCUGUAUAAACAACAAGGUGAUUUCAGAAAAGCAACACGCUACAUUGAGGAUGCCAAGCUGAACUACAAGGACUACUCUAUGGAGUCUCGGCUGCAUUUUCGGAUUCACGCGGCACUAAACAGCCUUAAGGGUUCACCAGCCAGCUCUCCAUAG